AUGGCCUCCACAGUGGAAAUUCAAUCAUCUCCUUAUAGUUAUAAGAAACAAGAUGAUUCAGAUUUCAAUUUGACAGAAUGGGCAGUGAAAGCUAGAAUCAGUAGAGAGAACACCAAGUCCAGAAGGUACUCAGCAUCAUAUAUAAGAAGCUUUAGAGAAGACACAAAGUCUUUUAGAUCAAACAUAACCAUUUCUAGCACUGCUUCUUCACCUGGAUACCCUUUUAAAGAUGAAAUAGACCCUCCAACUUAUUCUUUCACUACUGCUCUUGAAGCAUUGCAAGCAAGGUCAGGUUAUAAAAGUUGGGAGUGCUUAUCUUCAGAUGGGUUUGCUUUGAAUUCCAAGUGGAAUGAAGCAGAAAAGUAUAUAUGCAACCCUCUUUCAGGAGAAGUACCAAUGGAGUGUUUAUCUGCAAAAACUCUUAGUGGAAGAUCAUUUCAAAACUCAAAAACAAACAGAAUUAACAAGUCUGCUCCUCUAGUUUAUUCUUCAUCAAGACAAAUUUGCACAAAGCCAUCAACUUAUAGUUACACACAAGAUGAUGUAGCUCCUCAGUUACACAUUCCAGAAAAGAAAAAGGAGGGAAUGACAAGAGAUGCUGGUACUCAAAGUACACCUCCUUAUCUUAGUUCAAACAGUUCCAGCAUUGCUCUAACUCCAUCCAUCAUAGAGAGAUCAAUGAAGCUAUCUGAAUACUCGCUUAGUUCAAAUACCAAAUCUAAUUCUGAGGAAGAGGUGGAAGAGAAGGAUAAAGAAACAUGGGAGACUACAAAAGAAACAAUAAGAGAAGUGAACGAGUAUAGGGAGAACGAUGAGCAACUUUACAUGCAAUGUGGGUGCUUUUCAUGGAUAAUGAAUAAAAGGCAGAGACAAAGAAAGGCAAAGAAGGAAUAGCAUAUUUCUCACUUUUCAAAGUUUGCUGAAAAAUGAAAAAUGGACUACUAUGUGAUGCUGAG